AUGACACCAGAAUAUAUGGUCGAAAAGGUUAUAUAUGAUACUUCAACUCUAUGGGAAUUAAAGGAUAAAGGGAAAGCAUGCUUCUUUUGUGAGGUUUAUGCGAAAGGAAAUACUGAGAUUUUGAAACUAUACAUCAACGAUGGACAUAAUUUCUCAUCACUCUAUCUAGAAAAGAAGGAUGACAAAUGGAAGUGCAUUAAAGAGGCCGACUUUUAUGAUAAGCUGGCUGGAAUAUCAACAGACAAACUUCCGACUUGCGCUCCAGCCAUUUGA